AUGGCAGAGAAUUCUCAACAGUUUGGCUUCCGUGAGAGUAACCCUACCCGCAGGGUUAAUGAGGUGGAGUCGACAUCUAUUCAGCAACAGUUGUCGGAGCUCACAUCCGUUGUUCGACAAUUAGCUGUGGGGAAUGUGCCCCAAGUAAAGGCCUGUGGAAUCUGUACAAAUAUGGGUCACCCUACUGACUCAUGCCCUAUAUUGCAAGAGAAUGGGGCUGAACAAGUGAACAUGGCUGGAGGCGUGCCCGCGCCUCAUAGGCAAUACGAUCCAUACUCCAACACGUACAAUCCGGGUUGGAGAGAUCAUCCCAAUUUCAGCUAUGGAAAUAGGCCACAAAAUGCAUUCUCCAAUCGUCCACCAGGAUUUCAGCAACCAUGGCAAUCAAAACCGCAACCCUCAUCCUCCAACUCGGGAAGUUUCUUGGAGGAUAUUGUCAAGAGUCUGGCUACGACUACCGCCCAGCUCCAGCAAGAGACCAGGUCAUUGACCACAAAUAUGGCUCAACUCCAGCAAGAAACUAGAGCCUUAACCAUGAGCACCACUCAGUUCCAGCAGGACACAAAAGCAGGCAUGAAGGAUAUGGAGGCUCGAAUAAGCCAAAUGGCAACUGCCAUCAAUCGCUUGGAGUCCUACGCUUAUGGAAAGUUACCCUCACAACCUGAAGUAAAUCCCAGAAAUGUAAGUGCCAUGACAUUAAGGAGUGGCAAAGAGGUGGAUGGACCUAAAUUGAUAAAUUCGAAAAGCAAAAGUGAGGAGGAGAUAAAAAAGGAGAUUGAAGAGGAAGGGCGCAUUCGCGAAGAGGCUAAGGUACCCAAGUACGCAAAGUUCUUGAAAGACUUGUGCGUUAACAAAAGAAAGCUAAGGGGUGAUGAAAGAGUGAUGGUAGGAGAGAAUGUAUCAGCUGUACUACAAAGGAAACUCCCACCCAAAUGCGGAGAUCCAAGACCUUUAAAAGAAACGGGGAUAAUAAUUCAAUUGGCUGAUCGUACAUGUGCUUAUCCGGAUGGGAUAGUUGAGGAUGUUUUAGUGCAAGUAGAUGGAUUAAUUUUUCAUGCUGAUUUUUAUGUGCUUUACAUGGAUGAUAGAAGUACCCCAAAUCCAUCACCCAUUAUAUUAGGAAGACCAUUUUUUAGUACUGCCCAAACUAAAAUUGAUGUUAGUAAGGAAUUUUCUAAGUUUGCUUAUAGGGGUAAAUUCAAGGUUGCUGCGAACAAGUCCUAUAGGAUGAAAGCAAUUCAUGAGGUUCGGGCUUUGGAGGCUCGCAUGGUCAACGUUGAUGCCAAUGUAGCUGGCAUAGCACAGAAUUUGGCGCAAUUUCUGCAUCAUACUGGUUUUCCUCCUCCAGCUGCGCCUCGUCCACCUCUUUGA